CGUGGCCACGUCUUACUGUGAUCGACUCAUCAAAAUUAUCUGACACCUCAACUUCUUCUCCUGCUCCAAAAAUCUUUGAUGAGUCGUUUUGGUAUCGGGAUCUUCCAAUUCUCAUUGGUGGCUUGGCUCCAGGAACCGAAUACAACCUGACUGUUACUGGUUUAGCUCGUCACUGUCCAAAUGGCGAUGAGAACUUGGUCUACACGUGUCUUAUUUGCACAGUCCCAGAUUACAUCAACAGCUCGACAGCUCAAGUUGGAUACGAAGGAAGAACAAUAUUUUUCCAUGGAAUAAGCGGUGUAGUCGAUGGUUCUUUUUCCUCCAUGCACUACUCACUCUCAAGUGUCGAUGAAAAAUGUACCGAGACAGCGGGGAGCUUCACCGAUUUGAGUGUGAGACAAAACAUUGUCAAUGUGGCGAUGGAGUGUGUGUACCAACUUUCCAUAGCAGCUCAAUGUGGAAACAUGAGCGGACCAUCGACAAACUUCACAAUUGUCAUGCCAGGCGAGGUAGUAAUGGACCAAGACAUCUGGAGCAACUCUACGUCAGCUGAAAUCAUUCUCACUGAAUUAAACGACAGCCUUUCUCUGAAACAUGUUGACUGCUAUACGGCGAUCGGAGCGAGUUGUACCAAUGUAAGCAUAGAGGUGAAAUUUAACAAUUCUAUUGUUCUGCAUGGCUUGAUCGCAGGAGAAUCCUACUCAAUUGGAGUAAUCUUAGAAGACGACACUGGAAAAAUUUACUACAAUGAAGCACAUGUCUGUACGGUCCCAAGAGGUGUGGAUCUUUCUUACAUCGCGAUAAAACAACAGUCGGACGUGGUUUAUUUGGGAGCAUCAACUCAAUCUGACGUGACAUCUGUCGAUGGAAAAAUCGAUGGAUUCAGAAUUAAAUCAAUCACUCCUGUUGCCUCAGUGAUGUUUCCAGCAGGACUGGAUAACGCGUCUGCAGAUGGAGCAAUAGCAGUGAAAUUUCCUCCCGCCGACAUUUUUAGAAUUCAAAUUGCGAGUUACAUAGAAGGUUGUCAAAAUGUCGAGUCUUACGAAAUUGCUACUUUCGAGUACUGCUCAGGCCCCGAACCGGUUCUGAACCUGCAACAAAUUCCUUCCAAUGAAUUUGCCAUUUUGUUGUCGUGGGAUGAACCCGCCGACACCCGACGAAUAAGGCCAGAUGGUUAUGAAAUUACAAUUACAACCUUAAGUGGGAAGACCCUAAUAUCCGCGUGGCUACUGGCUUCGACUCAAAACAAUCAGAAUGCCUACACUUUCGAUUCAUCGUCGAUCAAAUCUCUACCAGUUGCCACUGAAUUCAUAUGUUCAGUGCGCACUUCAAUUCCAAACCCCUGUCGAUCAAAAGACGAAUUUCAAGAACUGUUUUACGAUUUCAAUUUCAGCACUCGAAAUAUAAGCUGCAAAACUCGAGGUUUUGGCGGCGAAGCACAAGAACCCAGUUUCGCUUUCUUCAGUCCUACAUUAAUAAUUCUCCAAUGGAAAACGCCGGAUGAGUUUUUGAACCAGUUUGAAGAUGACUACUACUCAAUUCUUCUCAACGGGCAAGAGAAGCAUUCCGUCGCGCCAAAUUCCACAGUUCUAAGUGUAGCAGUAACAAUCGAGCUGUGUACCUCCCAAAAUGUGACCAUUGUGCCAAGGCGAGAAGGACUGGCUGCUCAAGUUGUCGAAAUCAGCGUCAGGAACUGGGAAGAUGAGAUUUCAAUGAAAAGAGAUUUGGGACACUUCAGACGGGCUGUUAUGGAGCAAUGCGGUGUUUGUCCUUCAAGGCUACUGGACCAAAUAUGCCAGAUCCCAUUUGAGCAUAACGGUCAGCAAUAUAACACAUGUGUCCCAAUAACUUCAAAGAAUGACCUGCAGUGCAAGGACAGAUCUGUAAACAUUUUAACAUGCUACUACGAUGAAGAAAAUUUAUGCAAACCCCCUGAACCUAAGCUGGGCCCGAUUUCAUUCUCUACUCUCGUGGCGGGCCAAGCAGUUCGUAUUUUCUGGAAUGUGUCGUCUGAUUUAUACAACGACUUCGAACUCAUUGUCAAUGGACAGCCACAAGAACCAAUAAAAACGACAACAUUCAAUGCGACCAAUUUGACUGGAGGUUUGGCUUAUGAAAUACAAGUGUACAUGAACAGCUUCAAGCGACGAAUUGGACCACAAAUUCUGAUCUUCAACCUAAGUAACUCUGAUGAAAAUUUGGCAUCUUCGAACAUCACUACAAAUUCAGCUACCUUGAUAGUCGCUUUAUCUGACCCAGGGGCACAACUAAACAUACCAUCAUCUUCAUCAUGUGCAGUCAAUCAACUGCAGCUUACAGCUGAAAUUGAAGAAGCUGACUAUGUUUCCUUUUUCAUGGCACAAAACGAAAUACUGUCGAAGCGCUCUUCCGAAAGAGUGGACGUUUCUAGCAUACUGCAAAUAGAUCAGUUGGACGCUGGCCUGCUGUUUUGUUUUCACGUGUCCCCCGUUAAUGCGUGCACUAAUGGAACGAUCACAGAAAGAACAAUGUUCAACUGUGCACCAAUUGUGCCACAGCCUCUGAACGAGCUGACCAGCAAUCUAACAUUGGUAGCUGCGAGUGGUUCCAAUGAUGACGCUGUCCGCAUCAGAGCGAUGCUGAAUCACAGCACAGUCUCUGAGUUUGUAGAUGUGAAUGUCAUUUGCACCGUCCCCAACAUAACACUGAUCGAAAACAAUGGAGUGAAGAUUAUGAUCAAAGAAGACAACGAAAAUGUCAUAACCAACAAAUCCACUGAAUGCAGAACCGCAAAUUGUGCAUCUAAAACAGAAGAGGAUGAAAUCCAGUUUGAAUCACAGGUGCUUUCGGCUGAUCAUCGCGAGCCAGGGCUGAAAUGUCAAGUUGUGAUUUUUACCCGGACUGGACCCUCAGAAUCGGACCAUACCAUCGUAACUCAUUUUGAGGAACCCAAUGCAGUGGAGAGUUUGAUCAUUUACUCUGUGGACGAGACAUCACUUGGAGUUUCCUGGCUUCCUCCGAAGGUUGGACACUUCCUUCAUUUCGUGGUCGAAGUCAAAGCACUAGAUGGAAACUUGGUCGAGUCUCAAAAAGUAGAUAGCUAUCUGCAGUACAAAGUGUCAAACCUGGUGCCUGGAUCGACCCAUGUUGUCUCUGUCUUCACAGUGAGUGACCCUGAUGGCCAAGUUAGAUCUGAAGCAGUCACAAGAGUGCAAGAUGCAGCACCAAUGCCUCCAAAAGCAUUAUCCGUGAUGCCAUCAAUUGAUCACCGCACUUUCAUUGUCAACCUUGAACCGCCCCAAAGAGGAUAUUUCAAGUGGUUCGAAAUCGAAAUCAACGAACAAAAUGAGCAGGGCAAUGACAUCAUUUCAACUCAGAACAUUCUAGAAAAUAGUUCACUCGUGCUGCCUCUAAUGUUGAAAAAUGACGAGCAAAAUACUGAGAUUAAAUUGGCUAAGUUUGCUGCUGUUUAUUUGCUGAAGGUUAGAUGCGUGAGCAAAAAUGGACAGCGCAGUAUUCGCUAUGGAAGCCAAGAUGUCAUUACAGGACUGCCACCAACUGAAGUUUCAAUCCAGGAGGUGUCCAAGAAUUCUGAUCACUUUUGUUUCCUGUGGAAGACAAUUGGUUCAUUUGCGGGUAUCGUGAACAAACUUCAAGUUGUUGUGAUUCAGGACAAUACUUUUUUGAGGGAAAGCAAGUCAUCCGAUGUAUCUCUUGGCUCUUCGCAGAAAGGUGUGGGGUUGAUUUGUUUCGAGUACAUCUACAACUACACAUCGGGUGAUGAGAUAAACCUCAAUUUGAUCUUUUCAAGAGAGUUUGGACCAAGUGGUCUGAAGACGUCAGCCCCCUCCAUCAACAAGAAAAUAAAUCUUUUCCCACGUAUCGAUUUCAAUUUGGACAUCAGUUUCAAUUGCACUUCUGAUGACUGCGUUCUCUGUGUCACUGACAACGAACUCAUUGUUCAAAACUAUCUCGACUUCGAAGCGAAGUUAUUUGUAAAGCAUCACAAUGGCUCAAUGGAGAACGAACUGGCUCGAGAAUUCAGGCUGGAAAACUCAGGCUGCGAAAUAGAUAUGAGUUUUUGUAGCUUCCACCUUUCGGAGUUAACUUCAGCAUCAAACUACUCAAUUGAUUUGCAGCCAUCUGUUUUUGGUGUUACAAUGCCUCAAGUUUUCAAAAUGGAUUUCUACACACUUAAAGCGAAGGAAAAAACAGAGGAAAGAACAGAGAUGAAACUAUAUCUCAUAAUUACAAUCAGUGCUUUUGGCACGGUUGUCGCCGCUUCAAUUGUCUGUGCGAUUCGUGCCUUCAAAUGUGGAAGCCACAAGGUCGGGCCACACUCAACAACAGCUGAUGACAAUGAAGUCUACAACGACCCCAGCGAAUUCUAUGAGCCAGGCUCGACAACAGAUGAAGGAAAUGAAUUCUACCAAAAUCCCAGCGAAUUAGAAGGAAAUGAAUUCUACCAAAAUCCCAGGGAAUUAUAUGAGCCAGGCUCGACAACAGAUGAAGGAAAUGAAUUCUAUCAAAAUCCCAGCGAAUUAGAAGGAAAUGAAUUCUACCAAAAUCCCAGCGAAUUAUAUGAGCCCGGCUCAAACAUCACGAACGCCGCCAUCAAUUUACGAGCAAACACUCUGAAUGCAGAUGAUGCCAAUUACAUUUUACCGACUAACGCAGAUGAUGUUAUACCAAGUUACCAUGUUCCACUGGAACCUAUGAGCAUAAAUCCACUGGAACCUAUGAGCAUAAAUCAAACUUAUGAAAAUCAAAUGACUCGAACAUCUGAAAUAAUGGAAUCAAUUUUCACUGACAGAAACAUUUAUGUCGAUGCCCCAACAUCUUAAAACCGUGCACAAGUAGCGCCGUUGUACAUUUUAAUUAAAA